GGGAUGACACUUUAAAUAUGGAAAAAGACACGCUGCGCUCUCAGAGCUUCUCCACACGCUUCCAGCGAGACACAAAACCAGCCUUUUUCUCCAACAUGUCAACUGGGCACGACCUGAAGAAGUCCAGCACGCUAUGAGGAGCGUGUCCUACAUGUUGUAUUUGAUUUGUAGAGUCGAAGAAAUCAUUCCAGCGAGAUAGUUCCAGCAGCUCCUGGACUUCUGUCUUACUUUUAUCCACUUGGGAGAGUCCGACAGCUGGGAUAGGUGAAGAGCUCCAAACACAGACUACACGAGAAACUUGUCACUGAGCAGAAAGAAAGACUGCUGGACGCCAGGCUGGUCUGUGAAGGUCAAGUUUGUCAUCAUGAGUUCCGAAAAGAACAAAAUGGAGGAUGAAGCAGUGUUGGACAGAGGAGCAUCCUUUGUUAAACAUAUCUGCGAUGAAGAGGAAGUAGAAGGUCACCACACUGUGUACAUUGGCGUACAUGUUCCCAAGAGCUACCACCGGAGGAGACGCCACAGACGCAAGUCUAGCCACAAGGAGAAGCGGGAACGACCCGAACAGAGCACGGAAGGAUACAAGUCCGAUGGGGAGAACGCAGACGAAUCCACUGCAAACAUCCUCAAACCUCUCAUCUCUCCAGCUGAGAGGAUCAGGUUUAUCCUGGGAGAGGAGGACGAUGGCCCCCCACCACCUCAGCUCUUCACCGAGCUGGACGAGCUACUGUCUGUGGACGGGCAGGAGAUGGAGUGGAAGGAGACGGCCAGAUGGAUCAAAUUUGAGGAAAAGGUGGAGAAGGGCGGUGAGCGCUGGAGUAAGCCUCAUGUGGCCACGCUGUCCUUGCACAGCUUAAUGGAGCUCAAAACGUGCAUCGAGAAGGGCACGAUCAUGCUGGACCUGGAGGCCAGCACGCUGCCACAGGUUGUUGAGAUGAUCACCGACAGCCAGAUUGAGACUGGCCAGUUGAAGGCUGACCUGAAGGAGAAGGUCAUGUACACGCUGCUACGGAAGCAUCGCCAUCAGACCAAGAAGUCCAACUUGCGCUCUCUUGCAGACAUUGGCAAGAGUGUGUCCAGUGCAAGUAGGCUGUUCUCCAACCAGGAGAACGGUAGCCCAACUACAACUCAUCGAAACCUCACCUCCAACAGCCUGAGUGACUUCUCUGACAAACCAGAGAAGGAUCAGCUGAAGAAUAAGUUCAUGAAGAAGUUGCCACGUGAUGCCGAGGCUUCAAACGUGCUGGUCGGAGAGGUAGAUUUCUUAGAAACUCCCUUCGUGGCGUUUGUUCGUCUGCAGCAGGCUGUCAUGCUGGGGGCUCUGACUGAGGUCCCUGUACCCACAAGAUUUCUCUUUGUGCUGCUGGGCCCCAAAGGUAAAGCAAAGUCCUACCAUGAGAUUGGAAGAGCUAUCGCCACCCUGAUGUCAGAUGAGGUAUUCCAUGAUAUCGCCUACAAAGCGAAGGACAGGCAGGACCUGCUGGCUGGUAUUGAGGAGUUCCUGGAUGAGGUUAUCGUCCUGCCCCCCGGCGAGUGGGACCCUGACAUCAGGAUAGAGCCACCCAAGUCUCUGCCCUCCUCAGACAAGAGGAAGAACAUGUACGUUGGAUUAGAGGCACCUCAGAUGAAUGGCGACACUCCCCAUGAUACGGGACAUGGAGGGGGAGGAGGUCACCAGGUUGGGGAGGAGCUUCAGCGCACAAGAAAAUUCUGUGGAGGUCUCAUCCUGGAUAUCAAGCGGAAGCUGCCAUUUUUUGCCAGUGACUUCUAUGAUGCCCUACAUAUCCAGUCUCUCUCUGCCAUCCUGUUUAUCUAUCUGGGCACAGUCACCAAUGCUAUCACAUUUGGAGGCUUACUUGGAGAUGCUACAGAUAACAUGCAGGGAGUGUUGGAAAGUUUCCUGGGUACAGCGCUGACAGGAGCAGUGUUCUGUCUGCUGGCUGGUCAGCCCCUGACUAUUCUCAGCAGCACAGGCCCGGUGCUUGUCUUUGAAAGACUCCUGUUCAACUUCAGCAAAGACAACGACUUCGACUACCUUGAGUUCCGGCUGUGGAUCGGCCUGUGGUCGGGUAUAUUCUGUCUGGUGCUGGUCGCCACAGACGCCAGCUUCCUGGUGCAGUACUUCACACGCUUCACCGAGGAAGGUUUCUCUGCGCUCAUCAGCUUCAUCUUCAUCUACGACGCUUUCAAAAAGAUGAUAAAGCUGGCCCACCACAACCCCAUCAACUCGGAUUACGAUCCCAACCUCGUCACUCAGUAUGACUGCCAAUGUAUGCCUGGCAACUCAUCAGAACUCCUUGAUGUCUCUGCCUGGACAAACAGUACUGAUCUGCCAGUAAAUGCCACCUGGGCGUCCCUGAGCAGGCAGCAGUGUCUGAAGUACGGAGGGAGGCUGGUCGGAGAGGCCUGUGGCUACGUGCCUGACAUCACCCUGAUGUCCUUCAUCUUGUUCUUUGGGACCUACACCUGCUCCAUGGGUCUGAAGAAGUUCAAGACGAGCCGCUUCUUCCCCACCACAGUGAGGAAGCUCAUCAGUGACUUUGCGAUCAUCCUGACCAUUCUUCUCUUCUGUGGCGUGGACGCCUUUGUCGGUGUGGACACUCCAAAGCUCAUAGUGCCAAGUGAAUUCAAGCCCACGAGUCCACAGAGGGGCUGGUUUAUUACUCCUUUUGGAGGAAACCCUUGGUGGGUGUACCUGGCCGCUGCACUCCCCGCUCUGCUGGUCACCAUUCUCAUAUUUAUGGAUCAGCAGAUCACUGCUGUGAUCGUCAACAGGAAAGAGCAUAAACUCAAGAAAGGAGCGGGUUAUCACUUGGACCUGUUCUGGGUGGCCAUCCUGAUGAUGAUCUGCUCUUUCAUGGGCCUGCCAUGGUACGUGGCCGCCACUGUCAUCUCCAUCGCCCACAUCGACUCUCUGAAGAUGGAGACCCAGACAUCAGCCCCCGGAGAGCAGCCUAAAUUCCUGGGUGUCAGGGAGCAAAGGGUCACUGGCAUCUUUGUAUUCCUCCUCACAGGACUCUCUGUCUUCAUGGCCCCCAUCCUCAAGUUCAUUCCUAUGCCUGUGCUCUACGGUGUGUUUCUCUACAUGGGUGUGGCAUCACUCAAUGGUGUCCAGUUCAUGGACCGCCUACAGCUGCUCCUGAUGCCAGCAAAGCACCAGCCGGACCUGAUCUACCUGCGGCACGUCCCCCAGAGACGCAUCCACCUCUUCACCUUCAUCCAGGGCCUGUGUUUGGCUCUCCUCUGGAUCCUCAAGUCUACUGUGGCUGCCAUCAUCUUCCCUGUCAUGAUCUUGGCAUUGGUUGCAGUGCGCAAGGCCAUGGACUAUGUGUUCUCCCAGCAUGACCUCAGCUACCUGGACGAUGUCAUUCCAGAGAAAGACAAGAAGAAGAAAGAGGAUGAGAAGAAAAAGAAAAACAAGAAGAAGGGAAGCAUUGACAGUGAAAUUGAAUUUUCUGACUACCCCUACCAUGAAAAUAUCCCCAGUAUAAAAAUCUCUAUGGAUAUGAUGGAACAGGAGCCCAUGUUGGGGGAUAAAUCUUUGGAUAGAGAUCAAUCCCAGACUUUCCUUAACCCACAUUCGCCGUGCUGAGCAUUACUUUCAGUCUCCCACGGUGGCUGAGUAAUCUUGACAGAGGCUCAUACACAAAAGGUUUGCCUCAGAUUCGAAUAGGCCGAGACUCUGAGGAUAACGGUUUCUUCUGGAGGAAGAACUCUGAAACUGAUCUGUGAAUGAAUCAUCCAGAAGAACCAACACAACAUAACACAUAUAACUAUCCUCUUUUGUACCAUAGUACCGCUUUAUACCGGUAUUUAAUAUUAUUCCUCGUGAGGAUUUAAAUCAGAACGGCUGGAGGUAUUUGUCUUAAAAUUGAAACACUUUGGUGGUACUGAAUUUUAAUGAGGGCUGACAUAAGAUCCGUUUGACUGUUCAUCUGCGUGUUUUCAUGCAGAAAACUGUAUGCAGUUUUAAUGGGGCAUUAAUGUCUUAUUAAUGUGUAUGCUAAUAAUUUAUUAAUCAUCCAGCUAGGGAUGUAUAAUCAUCAAAGAGGUCCAGGAUACAGUCGGUUUGUAGAAUACAGAUGGCUUCCUACCAUUCACAUACACAUAUUCAGAGGAGUUCACUACAGUUUUUAUAGAUUUUUCCAAAGAACACCAAACAUACAAAGCCACUUUUCUGAUAGUCCUGUUUUUAUAGUAGUUUUUUUUUUUUUUUAAUGUUCCUUGGAGGUUUUAAGUCAUAACUACUGGAAUUUUAAGUUUAAAACAUAGUGGAGGUACUGGAUUUAGAGGCGAGCACAGGGGGAUGCACACAAGAAAUCCUCCUCUUAACUUUUAGUGAACAAAAGGGCUACGUAAGGUCAUCUGUGCACAGUCAUGAGCGGACAUUAAUUUUGUAUUUAUGGGCGUAUUAUAUAUAUUAUUUAUCAAGCAUCCAUUUAUGGCUGCAUAUUCAUGAAACAUCCAGAAGAAUACAAUGCUUGUUUCAGUGUGGUAAGAAGUAAAUGGUUCAACAGCAUACAGACUGGAACCUCUAUUUCUGUUUCCUAAUCUUCCUUUCUUUCCUUUUAUAUAUUUAUUGUAUUUAAACUCUUGGCAAAAUAAUUUGCUGUUUCAAUCUUAAGUACGGCUUUACCAUUUAACUUCCCUAUUUGUGCAAAUUCUGUUGGUGAUCUGUAUCCACUCAGCUGUCAUUUCCCUGUUUUAGGGAGAUGUAGAUGUAUUAUACCUGUAUGUAGCUCUACCUCUUAUUUUCUGUAGGUGCCAGGCAUUAUAUUUUUAAAAUUUUGUGCAAUUAUUUGUGAUCAAAUGCUGAUUUCUGUUUUUUGUUCUUCCAACUGGCACUGCAUAGGAUCUUUGAAUCUUCAUGUUGAGUUCCUUUUUGUUCUCUGACACUUAAGAUAUUGUUGAUUUUUUUUUUUUUGUUUUGUUUUGUUUUGGGUUUUUUUGUUUUUUUAGUUUGUCAAUAUUAAAUAAUUGUGUACGAUUUAACAGCGUUUUUAAAGGGUAAUUCCACCAAAAUUACAUUUUAGGGUUUUAAUCCCAAAACCAAACAAUUUAAAAGUAUUGUUUUAACCAUCUCUACAGAUGCAGGGAAAAUGAAAUGCAUAAAAUAUCAUUAGCAUGAAAUAGCAUCGUCUUUUUUUAAUGUUUCAUGGACUGAAAUUGGGGACAUGUAAUGGCCCUUUCUUUUUUAACCCAUCUGAAUGAAUAGGGUUUAAAGUUCUCAAAAACUUUACCAUGAACUCAACCCUAAAAGUCGAUUUGAGUUGAAUUUUCCUUUUGAAUGUGAUCAUAUUUAAAAGCCAUUAAUGUGAUACAUUUUCAAUCUUGAGUACAUUUGAUUUUUUUUUAAAGUAUGCAAUGUGUGUGUGUGUGUGUGUGUGUUUUUUUUUUUUUUUUUUUUAAAUGACAAUCAUCAAACAAUCACUGUGACGCAAAGCUAUGUUGUGACUUAUAGUCCUGGAAGAACUACUGCUUUAUAGUGUACAGAGUAAGAAGUGCUUCACUAUAAAACAGACAUUUUGCUAUACAAUCUCUAAUGCAUCAUCAUCUAAAUUAUUUUUAGUGUUCAGUUUAAUAAGCAGUGAAAUGCACCAGUCUCUAAUUUUGCAAUGUUGUUGAAAAGUCCUUAUCAUGCUUUUCUUGCUGAUUGAAGUAUACACUGUAACACAAUCAUUAAAUCUAAGAUAUUCUUUCAUAUUUGAAUGUAAUACAUCUCAAUCAUUUGAAAUGUACAUAUAUUUCUUUGAAGAAACAGACAUGCACAAUCAGUGUUGUUUUUAUGAUUUGUGGCACAAAUAAGGGCUUUAAUUCAUGCUUUCAAAAUCACAUCAAUAGGUGUCAGUGUGAAGCACAAGACUGUUAAAAUCGCGUUGAACCAAAUAUCAAAAACCACAUUGUCUUCCACUUUGUUCUGUGAUCUGUAUAUCUUGACUUUGAGGCUUUCUGUUUCUAAUUCCCCAAUUAAUGUAAUAUAUUUUUGGAUGUUCUAACUCUGAAACCAAUUUUGUACAAGCAUCUUAUGUGUUCAAUAACCAUACUCGGAGGGAAGCAGAUGUCGGUGAGUUUUUUUUUAUGGAAUAGUGUUUUAAAUGAGAGCAAUAAAACAGUCCAGAUGAUUCUUAAA